AUGAGCUCAGAAAAAAAUGGUGUUUCCAAACCCACUCCACUCUCAAUACCCAUUUCGACCCGACCCGAAUCCGGGUCUCUCUACGUGGACACAGACAUGGGUUACUCUGGGUCUCCCCUCCCCUUGCCGCUAGACCUCUUACAGGGGAAUCCUAUCCCACCGUUUCUAUCGAAAACAUUCGAUUUGGUGGAUGACCCGAAUCUCGACCUGGUCAUUUCUUGGGGAUUGACCGGUGCGAGCUUCGUGGUUUGGGACCCUCUCGAGUUCGCCAGAAUCAUCCUCCCUCGGAAUUUCAAACACAACAACUUCUCCAGCUUCGUCAGACAGCUUAACACUUAUGGAUUCCGAAAGAUUGAUACUGACAAGUGGGAAUUCGCUAACGAGGCUUUCCUGAGAGGCAAGAAGCAUCUUCUGAAGAACAUUCAUCGUCGUCGAUCACCACAGUCCAACCAAAACUGCAGCAGUAGCAGCCAAAGCCAAGGAGGAGGGUCGUCACCAACUGAAGUUGGAGGAGAGAUCGAGAAGCUGAGGAAAGAGCGGCGUGCGCUGAUGGAGGAAAUGGUAGAGCUUCAGCAGCAACACAGAGGCACAGCUCGCCACAUGGACACUGUCAACCAGAGGCUCAAAGCUGCAGAGCAACGUCAGAAGCAAAUGCUCUCUUUCUUGGCUAAGCUUUUUCGCAACCCCGGUUUCUUGGAACGCCUGAAGAACCUCAAAGGAGGAGGAGAAAGAGGAGGAGCUCUUGGAUUGGAAAAGGCGAGAAAGAAGUUCAUCAAACACCAGCAGCAGCCUCAAGUUGGAGGGGAGAUAGUGAAGUAUGAAGCUGAUGAUUGGGAGAGAUUGUUAAUGUCUGAGGAAGAGAUGGAGAACAUUCCACUCUCAGGCAUAGGAGGAAGCGAAGAUCCAAAAGGCAAGAACUUGAUGAAUCCAUUGGUAGAAAAGAUGAUGAAUCCAGAUUACUUAAUGUCUUUCCCAUCUCCUGAAGGACUUAUCAAACAAGAAGAGACGACAUGGAGUAUGGGUUUCGAUCCGAGUUUCAGCAACAACGACGAUGUAUGGGAAAACACAAUGGACUAUAAUGCCUCAGAGUUUGCUUAUGUUGCAGAGACAACAAGUGGUGGUUUGCCUGAUGUCUGUUGGGAACAAUUUGCUGCAGGAAAUACAGAGACUGGUUUCACUUGGCCAACUGGUGAUGACAAUACGCCAAUGGAUGAUCUUUAA